CCCUCCCCAGCAGCAUCAUUCACCGGCUCUCAGCUUUCCGCAGAGCCGAACAGGAGUGCACCGCCGUGGGGGAAGAUGGCUUUAGUUACCCCAAAUAAACAGGGCAGAGUCUGGUGGUGAAUCCUGGCGGGUUUCGGGUUUCCUCUCAGUGUUUCCCUCACUGAGGAUGAGAAGAAAGCCUGCAGCAGCGGUCGCUCUCUCACAACUACAGGACACACUGCACUGCGUGAUGCAGAUCAGAGUCCAAGAGUUGACAUCCUGCUUUUAGGAGGUGAUGGUCUCCUCCUCUCUCCUCUGCUCACCUGCUCUUCACUGCCGUCACGAUGUUAACAUUGUGCAACUCAGUACAUCAAACUGCGCCUUUUUAAGAAAAAUUCAGGACAUCCGUGCUUGUGUUUAACCACUGGAGGACUUCACUUGACGUGUCUACAAUGAUCCCUCGGCUGUAAAGUGAGACGUACAUUAAACAGAAGUCACCUGGAGUCACCAUCUGAUUGGCUGUCGAGGCUCAUGAUGGCUAAUAACGAGCUACAAAGUGAUCCAGGUGGGCUGUCGGUGCUCCAGCAGCUCGGUCUGGACCAAAACUCGGACUUCUCAGACUCCAGUGUGCAGCAGCGCCUGGACGAGCACCGCGAGAGGAUCCGGAGGGAGAUCCGCAAGGAGCUGAAGAUCAAGGAGGGUGCGGAGAAUCUGCGCAGGGCCACCACCGACAAGAGGAAUGCCCAGCAGGUGGACUCGCAGCUCCGCAGCUCCAAGCGCAAGCUGGAGUUCCUCCACGCUCAGCUGCAGGAGCUUGACGCACACAUCGUGGUCAAAGGCCCCGAUGACAACAAAGAUACCCCUAAGUCUCCAGGGUCGGUCAGUCGGACGUCGGCCAAUCAGCACCGCAUCGCAGCUUUGGAGCGGCAGCUAAACAUUGAGCUGAAGGUCAAACAGGGAGCAGAAAACAUGAUUCCAAUCUAUGUCAAUGGAGGUAGCAAGGACAAGAAGCUUCUCCAGUCGGCUCAGCAGAUGCUGCAGGACAGCAAGACGAAGAUCGACAUCAUCCGCAUGCAGAUCCGAAAGGCCAUGCAGGCCACAGAGCAGUCUGAGGAGAACCAAAGUAAACCAGACCUGUGUGGGACGGAGCUACGUGUGGAGGAGCUGUGGCAUCACUACCGUGUGGAGCACGCCAUGGCCGAGGGAGCCAAGAACAUGCUGCGACUGCUGGGUGCAGGAAAGGUCCAAGACAAGAAGGCCAUGGCUGAGGCUCAGUGCGGUCUGAGCGAGUCGUCCCAGCGUCUGGAUCUGCUCAGGUGCUCUCUGGAGGAGAGGCUGCAGGAGCUCCCCGAGGAUCACCCCAAGGCCUGUCUCAUUAAGGAGGAGCUGGUGCUGGCGUCGUCCUCAGCUUUCAGCUCCCGUCACAGCACCCCCUACGUCCAUAACCAGUACAGCACCCUGAGCAAACCAUCGCCUCUCACAGGUACGCUUCAGGUGCGUCUUUUAGGCUGCGUGGGGCUGCUGGAGAUCAUCCCAGGGCGGAGCAAAGGGACCCCGGUGGUUCUUCCCUCUCACUCUCCGGGAGACGGACGCUCCUCCUUCAAGCUGAGCGGCCUCUACAGCCGCAGCACCAGCAGCAUGAGCCUUAAAAUCCCCGGCAAGACCGAUGAGCUCUCCACGGAGGUGAGCGCAGUGCUGAAGCUGGAGAACACAGUGGUGGGUCAGACGGCUUGGAGAACAGUUGGAGAACAGGCCUGGGAUCAGACCUUCACUGUAGAACUGGAGAGGUCCAGAGAGAUGGAGAUAGCUGUGUAUUGGAGAGAUUACCGCUCCCUGUGCGCUCUGAAGUACCUGAAGCUGGAAGAGUUCUUGGACAACCAAAGACACAGAGUCAAGCUGGAGCUGGAGCCGCGGGGGCUGCUGCUUGCUGAGGUGACCUUCUUUAACCCGGUGAUAGAGAGAGGCCGACGACUCCAGAGGCAGAAGAAGGUCUUCUCUAAACAGCACGGUAAAGCCUUCCUGCGUGCUCGCCAGAUGAACGUGGACAUCGCCACCUGGGUCCGCCUGCUGAGGAACGCCAUCCCCAGUGGAAGCAACACAUCUGCCUAUACACCCAGUUUCACAAGCAACACACUCGCACACAACACAGGAGAAAUCUCAGUGGAGAAGCUGAACCUGGGCAGCGACUCUCCUCCCAAGCCUGAGAUCAGGAGAGAUGUGGUGGAUGCACCGGCUCUCUCGGAACAGACGCCGGUCAUUGAGCCCCCGUCCACAGCGGGAGUUCACCCUGUUCACGAGCAGCCAACCAGAUCGCUGUCCCAGAACUCCUUACGCAGACCCAGCAGAGGCCCUCUUUGCCUGCAGGACUUCAAGCUGAUAGCAGUGCUCGGCAGGGGCCACUUUGGAAAGGUGCUGCUGUCUGAGUACAAAAUGACCAGCAGCCUUUACGCCAUCAAAGCCCUAAAGAAGGGAGACAUUGUCGCGCGGGAUGAGGUGGAAAGUCUGAUGUGUGAGAAGCGGAUCUUUGAGACCGUCAACGGCUCCCACCACCCCUUCCUGGUCAACCUGUUUGCAUGUUUCCAGACACCAGAACAUGUGUGUUUUGUCAUGGAGUACACGGCAGGAGGAGACCUCAUGAUGCACAUACAUGCAGACGUCUUCUCUGAGCCACGUGCUGUGUUCUACUCAGCUUGUGUGGUCUUGGGUCUGCAGUUUCUUCAUGACCACAAGAUUGUGUAUCGGGAUCUUAAACUGGACAACCUGCUGCUCGACACUGAGGGUUUUGUGAAGAUAGCAGACUUUGGUCUCUGUAAAGAAGGCAUGGGUUUUGGGGACAGGACCAGUACCUUCUGUGGGACCCCUGAGUUUCUGGCCCCAGAGGUGCUGACGGACACAUCGUACACCAGAGCAGUUGACUGGUGGGGGCUCGGGGUACUCGUCUACGAGAUGUUGGUCGGAGAGUCUCCGUUCCCCGGUGAUGAUGAGGAGGAGGUUUUCGACAGCAUCGUGAACGAUGAAGUGCGCUACCCUCGCUUCCUCUCCACCGAGGCCAUAGCAAUCAUGAGACGGUUGUUGAGAAGGAAUCCUGAAAGACGUCUGGGCUCUGGAGAGAAGGACGCUGAAGACGUCAAGAAACAACCUUUCUUCAGGGGUAUGGACUGGGAGGCACUUCUUCAGAGGGAAGUCCCGCCUCCGUUUGUCCCGACCAUCGGAGGAAAAGAAGACGUCAGUAAUUUUGACAUGGAGUUCACAGCCGAGGCUCCGGCCCUCACGCCGCCCCGCGAGCGCCGCACCCUCUCCCGCAAGGAACAGGACUACUUCAAGGAUUUUGACUACGUCUCCGACCUCUGCUAGGGUCAGGGGUCAUGGGGUUAUUAGCUGCCCACUGCCAGCCACAGACUCUGAAAGGAGACUAAGAAGUACAGGCUGACUCUCUGCCCUGCGAAGGCAGAGAGGAACUCGAUGGUGACGAGAGGCGAGGAUCGCUCUCCCUCUUUCCUCUUUCUCUCUCUCUCUCUCUCUCUCUCUCUCUCUCUGUGUCUGUGUUUGUGACGGGGUGAAGGACUGGCUGGGCCAAGCGUGUGCGAACGGGGAUCAGUGGAGUCUGAUCGUGUGUCACACAUACGCAAUGCCACGGAUCCGCUGACCUCCAGACAAUCUGGAGUGGCUUUUAGAGGAAGAGGAAGUUGUGAUGAUGACAGAAGAUAAUCCAGAUUAUGUAACAAAUGGAAGAUGAUGGAUCCUGCUGUUUGCCCUGCCCGGCAACAAGUGAAGCAUAAAAAAAAUAAAAAAAAUAAUCAGUGAUUGUACUGAAAUGCUCCAAGAGCCUCAAAAUCCCAGAAUGAGAGAGAGAAAAGUGAUUAAUUAGAGAGGAAGCUGUUUGUCUCUUUUCUUCCUGCACUUGUGCUUUUCUCUUGUCCCUUUAUCUCUGCUGUUUGUUGCUGCUCAGUGUGUGUGUGUGUGUGUCGCUGUGUACGGUGUCCCUGCCUCAGUCAUGAAUGUAUCCACAGUUACAAUCAUGCACCACCUGUACAUGAACACAAGGGGGAGCCAGAGGAGAGAGAAACCUCUGCUUAUUUUUCAGAGCUGCCUGUGGAUCGUGUCAAAGAGAGGCAGAGGAGGAGGGGGAUUUGAACGGAGAGGGAGGGGAGUUAGUCGCAGUUUGUGUGUCUGUAUCUCAGAUAGGACGCCUCUUCAUUGUCCUCUCUUUCUGUCUUUCAGUACAACACUGAUUUUUAACUACAAUCAAUUCUCAAUGGCAAAAAGCUUUUACAAAUUCUGUUUCUGUUUUUGUGAUUUUAGAGUUUUUUUUUUCCCCCCCGUUUGUUUCCUCUUUUGUCGUUUGCUGGUGAAACGUGUUGGAACUGUGACUCAGUAAAGAUGUGAACCCAA